ACUCAUUGUUAUUAUCAUGUACAGAGCUAACUUCGCUUACUUCUCCACCUAAAAGGCCAAACCAAAUCCCCGCUCUCGAUAUAUGUACAUAUCAUCCUCGCUUUUACCGCCAUCCAUUCUCCGUGAACACCUGCUACUGCUAACGAGACAUCACUUCCAAGGAGAGAGAUCUCCACCAAGAUAGAUCGAGCGAUGGGGAUCGCAAUUGAAGGAGUCAACGACAGCAGCAUCCCUCACGUCCUCAUGGUGUCCUUCGCCGGCCAAGGCCACCUCAACCCCCUCCUCCGCUUCGCCAAGCGCAUCGCUGCCAAGGGCCUUCUCGUCACCCUCUGCUCCACUGACGACAUUGGCUACCGCAUCUCCUCCUCCACCGCUGACUCCACCCUCGGCGUCCCCAAGCCCGUCGGCCGCGGCUUCGUCCGCUUCGAGUUCUUUUCUGAUGGCCUGCCCGUCGAUGACCCCCGCCGCAAGGACCUCGACGUCCUCAUGCCCGCCAUCCGGGCCACCGGCCCACCGGCCCUCGUCGACCUCAUCCGGCGCCAGGCUGACGCCGGCUGCCCGGUGUCGUGUAUCAUCAACAACCCCUUCUUGCCGUGGGCGCUCGACGUCGCCGCCGACAUGGGCAUCCCCGGCGGGGUCCUAUGGGUCCAGUCCUGCGCCGUCUUCACCACGUACUACUCUUACUACCACUCACUCGCCGAGUUCCCCACCGAGGACAAACCGGACGUGACGGUUAAUCUGCCGGGCCUGCCGCCGAUGAAGCCCGAUGAGCUCCCCACCUUCCUCCUCCCGUCCUCUUCCUUUAAGUCGCUGAGGAAGGUGAUCCUGGAGCAGUUCGGGAACAUCUCCAAGGCGUCGUGGGUGUUCGCCAACUCCUUCGAGAAGCUCGAGCGCGAGACCAUCGACGCCAUCUCCCACCGGCUGCAGCUCAUACCCGUGGGGCCGCUGGUGGAGCCGGACGACAAGUCGCAGUCGAGCAUCCGGGGCGACCUGUUCAAGGCGGCCGACUGCAUGUACUGGCUCGACGCCCAGGCGCCGAGCUCGGUCGUGUACGUGUCGGUGGGCAGCAUCGUGGUGCUGAGCGAGGAGGAGAUGUCGGAGCUGGCGUGGGGGCUCAGGAAAUGCGGCCGGCCCUUCCUGUGGGUGGUACGUCGCGACACGCAAGCGCUGCUGCCGGAGGGGUUCAUCGAGGAGGCCGGCGACCGGGGGCUGGUGGUGGAGUGGAGCCCGCAGGACCGGGUGCUGGCUCACCCCGCCGUCGCGUGCUUCGUGACGCACUGCGGCUGGAACUCGACGCUGGAGGCGCUGACCGCCGGCGUGCCGGUGGUGACGUACCCCCAGUGGGGGGACCAGGUUCCGGACUCCAAGUUCCUAGUAGAGGCCUACGGCGUCGGGGUGCGGCUACGGGCGCCAGCCACGCGGGACGAGGUGGAGCGGUGCGUGGAGGCGGUGACGCAGGGGGAGGGCGCGGAGGCGAUCAAGACAAGGGCAGCAGAGUGGAAAGAGGCAGCGGCAAAGGCGGUGGAGGAGGGAGGCUCGUCGGACCGCCACAUCCAGGCCUUCGUGGACGAGAUCAGGAACAGAGCCUCCUGCAGCGGCGACAGAGCUGCAGUUUGACAUCCCUGCCGCUACGAGAUGCUCAUUACGUGGGUCCCAAACUCCAAAGUUACCCUCACUCGUAUCGGUCUGUAUUAAGUACGUGUAAUAUCUUUUAUCUACUAAAAUUACGUGUAACCAAUCGCAUCGCAUCGCAUCCAUGUACUCGUUUCGAGAUUCGUGCGAGUCGAUCUUGCAAUUGUCCUUUGCAUCAUCGAUUCAUGUGAUUCGGUCCAAUCAUAAAGAUACUGAAUUGGUUUUCUGCGGCUA